AUGGCAGUGAUGAAGGAAGUGCAGGCAUUACAACACAUGAAGCGCAUCCCAGGAGCAGGCCUGGCAGCCGGCGGCCGGAGACGCACAGCGCAGCGCGCUCCAUCGCCACGCCGCCGCGCAGACCCUCCAUCUUCCUGCUCAGCCCCGGGCCCCGCUCGCCCCUGCCUUGGGGGUCCGCCUUCUCUCUGGGGCUCCUGCGCCCCCACGCCACCCCACCCCCGGCCCUCCGCGGCUCCCCUGCCCGGUCCCCCUCCCCCGCCACACACGCUGACACGCGCACGCGAACACACACACUCACACGCUGACACGCCAGCGAGCUGCUGGCCGCUCAAUGGACCGAUUUCCCCGCUUUCCCAUCCCAGGCAGCCCGGGAUGAGAAACUGCAAAAUGGCCCGGGUCGCCAGUGUGCUGGGGCUGGUCAUGCUCAGCGUCGCCCUGCUGAUUUUAUCGCUCAUCAGCUACGUGUCCCUGAAAAAGGAGAACAUCUUCACCACUCCCAAGUACGCCAGCCCGGGGGCGCCCCGAAUGUACAUGUUCCACGCGGGAUUCCGGUCACAGUUUGCGCUGAAGUUUCUAGAUCCGUCAUUUGUGCCCAUUACGAAUUCUCUGACCCAUGACCUCCAAGAGAAACCUUCUAAGUGGACAUUUAAUCGGACUGCGUUUUUACAUCAAAGGCAAGAAAUUCUUCAGCAUGUCGAUGUAAUAAAAAAUUUUUCUUUGACCAAGAAUAGUGUUCGGAUUGGACAACUGAUGCACUAUGAUUAUUCCAGCCAUAAAUAUGUUUUCUCUAUUAGCAAUAACUUCCGAUCGCUGCUUCCAGAUGUGUCACCCAUUGUGAAUAAGCAUUAUAAUAUUUGUGCUGUGGUUGGAAAUAGUGGGAUCCUGACAGGGAGCCGGUGUGGACAAGAAAUAGAUAAGUCAGAUUUUGUUUUCCGUUGCAAUUUCGCCCCUACGGAGGCUUUCCAAAGAGAUGUUGGAAAGAAAACCAACCUUACCACGUUCAACCCCAGCAUCCUGGAAAAAUAUUACAACAAUCUUUUGACCAUUCAGGACCGUAACAACUUUUUCCUCAGUUUAAAAAAGCUCGAUGGGGCCAUUCUUUGGAUCCCUGCAUUUUUCUUCCACACUUCAGCAACUGUUACCAGGACAUUAGUUGACUUUUUUGUUGAACACAGAGGUCAGUUAAAGGUCCAAUUGGCUUGGCCUGGAAAUAUAAUGCAGCAUGUCAACAGGUACUGGAAAAACAAACAUUUGUCACCCAAACGGCUGAGCACAGGUAUUCUUAUGUACACUCUUGCAUCAGCAAUAUGUGAAGAGAUCCACUUGUAUGGAUUUUGGCCUUUUGGAUUUGACCCCAACACAAGGGAAGAUCUUCCAUACCAUUACUAUGACAAAAAAGGAACCAAAUUUACCACCAAGUGGCAGGAGUCCCACCAGCUGCCUGCUGAGUUUCAGCUGCUGUACCGAAUGCACGGGGAAGGGCUCACCAAGCUGACUCUGUCACACUGUGCCUAAGAACUUGGAACAGAAAGUGCCAAAUGGCUGUUUAAAAAGUGCCCCAAAUCAAAUUGAAUAGUCAUCAGAAUAGAACCCUAGAGAAUUUCUUAUAAGGAUUGUCUGCCAUUUAAAAGGAAAGAUGUCUUCUCUCCCUCUGUUGCACUGCUCUUUUAAGGGGCUUAGCAGGACAGACGCAUUGAAGCCACAUGAUUUAAACUUGAUUGAUAAAAGGAAUGUUGCAUUUGGAACUAUGCUGCUAACGAGAUGGUUUAAAGUAUUUUCAUGUUUGUAUUUUAAUAAUAAACUGCCUCCCAUUUUUU